AUGGCUCCUCCACCGCGCCUGCGCAUUUUAUCAGUCGGGAGCAAUGCCAUUUCCGCCUUCCUCGCUUGGAGACUUCAGGCAACAACCUCGUGCGAUGUGACCCUGGUCUGGAAAUCCGGUUUCGAAUCGGUGGCACAGUACGGUGUGUCGUUCAAAUCGAAAUCCUUUGGUAACGAGCGUUUCAAGCCUCGUCACGUCGUCCGAUCCCCCGAAGAAGCGGCCUCGAGAGAGAAUGCCUACGACUAUGUCAUCCUGUGCGUCAAGGCGUUGCCCGAUGUAUACGACCUCGCGGCUGUCAUCGAAUCCGUCGUGACCCCCCAACACACCUGCAUCCUCCUGAACACGACAAACACCAUCGGUGUCGAAUCACACCUGGAACAACGGUUUCCGACGAAUGUCGUUCUGUCGCUGGUGUCCGGGGUGGAGGUCUCGCAGAUCGGUGCCAGCGAAUUCGAGCAUCUGAAUUCGUCCGACCUCUGGGUGGGCGCAACCACCAAACAGUCGACCAUUCCGUCCUCGAUUCAGAACGAUAUGGCCGCCGCAUUGGCCAUGACCUUGGCCACCGGUCAGGUGGAAUGCAAGGUUUCCGAAAACAUCCGCCAAGAACAGUUUGAGCGCAUGAUAGGACCGAUCGCUUUCUACCCAACUAGUGUAAUGUUUGAUACCCCCAAUCACUCCCAACUCCUGGAGAAGAUUGGGGUCCGUCCGCUGGUGACGGGCAUUAUCGACGAGCUGCUCCAGCUGGCCAAAGCCAACGGGUGCUCGUUCCCCAACGACUUCGCCGAGAAGGUCAUCGAGAAGAUGACGGCCAAUGGCCCCCCAAGCCCCAUGUAUCAGGACUUCCAGUCCCGCCGGCCGAUGGAGGUGGAAACCUAUCUGGGCUCGCCCGUCAAACUGGCAAUGAUGAACGGGCACAUGCGCCCGGGGCCCGGGGGCCGGCCCGGACCCCCGGGGAUGAUGCCGCCUAUGCGGCGCGGUCCUUCGGGUGGGCCGAUGCCCAUGCCGGGCCCCAUGUCCCGCCCCCCCAGCACGCAACCGCCCCAGGGUAAAAUCCCCCGCGAGCCCUCCUUGGAGGGUCUGGAGGAAUUCAGUCACCUGGUCCUCUACGACGACGCCGCCGACGGUGCCUUGCCGCCCGCGAACGCGAACGGAAAUGGAAACGGAAACGGGUUCCCGGACACGUCCCCCGGGGGCGGCCCCCCGUCGCAGGCCGAGCUGGCCUUGCGGGAACGCGAACUGGCCCUCCGGCAGCGAGAGUUGCAGUUCCGGGAACAGGAGAUGAGCAUGCGCCGCGGUCCCCCCCGUCCCCGCCCUCCGCCCAGCCGAGCCGCCUUCGACGAGGAGGACGAGGACGACUUCUUCGACCCCAUGGAGGGCUUGCCGGUGCCGCAUAUUGACCCCGACAAUGUGGACAUGAUGAGUAUGACCUCGCGACGGGCGAAGAAGGGCCCCAGUGCCAGCCAGAUCCGCCGAAACCCGGAGAUGCAUAUGAACGGCGGCGGUGGUCCUCGACCGGGAUCGUCGUUCCGGAACUACUUUGGCCGGAAGCGUGCCAGCGAUCGGAUCAUGCAAGAGAUCCCCGGCCUUCACGAUUCGCUCAUGGACAACCCGAUGAUGGCGUACUCGUCCAACCGGUACGGCUCGGUCGAUCGGAACCAGAUGAAUGCGGGCUCGCGUGCCAACUCCCUGACGGCCAGCCGUAUGGGCGACUACCCCCCGCACCCGCAUCCGCAGAGUCGGAGAAAUAGCCACUCUCCCGCGACGCCCUUCGGUCCUCCCGGUCCGGGCCCCCGCAUGGGCCGGCCGUCGAACGGCCCCGAUGCCAAUCUGGGCCCGCCCAACGGCUAUCCGCCUCGCGGUGGUCACCCGUCCCCCCCUGGACAGGUGCGCGCGCCGGUGCCCAGGUAUCCCCCGGGGCAAGGUAAUGCGGUAGGUCCGCAACAAGUUGAACAACAUUAUGGGGUGAGCAACUCGUUUUCCGCCAAGCCCACUCCCAAGCAUAGAAGUCUGACCGGAAGUGCGAGCGCCAGCGCGGAGAGUGGUGAUAGCGGGGCCAGUGCCAACAUUGACUCCGGCAACUCGGCCCACAGCAGCCAAAUCAGUCUGGGCGCGCAGCAGGCCUCGACGCCCGUCCCUUGA